AUGCCGCCGAGCACAACUUCGCCGCUGCACCCGCUGGAGUACCUGAUGGGCCAGUUCUACUUCCAGCCCACCGAUUACGGCCCGCCGGGGCCCGGGAACUUCUCCAACGGCUCGGAGCGCGGCUCCCGGGUGCCCGACGAGGAGGACUUAGACGUGAACACGGACAUCUACUCCAAGGUGAUGGUGACCGCCGUCUACCUGGCGCUCUUCGCGGUGGGCACGGUGGGCAACUCCAUCACCGCCUACACGCUGGUGCGCAAGAAGUCGCUGCAGAACCUGCAGAGCACGGUGCACUACCACCUGGCCAGCCUGGCCGCCUCCGACCUCCUCAUCUUCCUCCUCUGCAUGCCCGUCGAGCUCUACAACUUCAUCUGGGUGCACCACCCGUGGGCCUUCGGCAACGACCUGUGCAAGGGCUACUACUUCCUGCGCGACGCCUGCACCUACGCCACCGCCCUCAACAUCGCCAGCCUCAGCGUGGAGCGCUACAUGGCCAUCUGCCACCCCUUCAAGGCCAAGAGCAUCAUGUCCCGCAGCCGCACCAAGAAGUUCAUCAGCGGCAUCUGGCUGGCCUCCUUCCUCCUCGCCGUCCCCAUGAUCUUCACCAUGGGCCAGGUCUACAAGCUGCCCGGAGACCCCGACUCGCUCAUCUGCACCAACGUGGUGGACACCCCCACCCUCAAGGUCGUCAUCCAGGUCAAUGCUUUCAUCUCCUUCGUCUUCCCAAUGGUUGUCAUCUCCGCCCUGAAUACCAUCAUUGCCAACCAGCUCAUCGUCAUGUUCAAGCAAGCCGCACAAGAAAACCAGGUGUGCACCAUUGGAGGGCAGCAAACCAUGCUCAGCAUGUCCAUGGAACCCGGCCGUAUACAAGCUUUGAAGCACGGCGUCUGCGUUCUAAGAGCAGUUGUGAUCGCCUUUGUGGUUUGCUGGCUUCCCUAUCAUGUGCGGCGACUUAUGUAUUGCUACGUGCCAGAAGAUCAGUGGACGGACUUCCUUUUUGACUUCUACCACUACUUCUAUAUGCUGACGAACAUCCUCUUCUACGUCAGUUCAGCCAUCAACCCGGUCUUGUACAACCUCGUGUCCGCCAACUUCCGCCAAAUCUUCCUCUCGACGCUCAUGUUCGUGUGCCUGCCAUGGAGAAAGAAAAAGAAGAGGACCAAGUUCAACAGGAAGUCCAACAGCAUCUCCAGCAACCAUACCUUUUCCAGCCAAGUCACCCGGAAACGACAUACUAAGACCUGGGCAUUGCCAAAGGAAGGGAAGAGUGAGCGUCUCAAUUCAAGACUGAAUUGGACCUUGCUAAGAGGGCUGUACCGCUUUUCGACAUGGCCUCCAAGUUCACUAUAGCAUGAAUGUGUAUUUGCUGGUUUGUCAUACCUUGGAACGAGUCGACAUUCGUUCUACCAGUUAAAUUUGGGGUUCUUUUAAUGCAUCGGCUUCUGCCUCUCGUGAGUAACGUCUCCAUGUUUUGUAACUUUGAUCUGGCGUAAAAGUCAUCUGUGACCUCAUCGAGGAAGCCAUAGCGGUUAUCGAGUCAACGCUGGUCAAGCUUGAAUGCCUAUUUAUUUGUCAAUGUCUCCAUUUGGAGAGCCUACGGGAACAUUGAAAAGAUGGAGACCACCUCUUCUGGUGACUCUGAGACUGUAAAAUGGC